AUGAGGCCCGCAGACCUCACUCUCGGUAGCCGAGAGAAUGACAAGACCGGGGCCCGAAGACAAGCAGCUGGGCGAGCGGCUAAACGGCAUCGUAGCCGAGGACUUCCAGCCGCUGUUCAGCCCCCCCCAACAUGGCCGCCGGCGUUCGCCGUUCGUUGCCGGAAAACAAACUCCGGCUCCGUACUCGGCAACCGGGAGUUCAAAAAGGCCCAAGGACCUCGCUCCCGGUGGCCGGGAAGAUGGAUACAGAAUGAAUUUCAAAUUCCUCUAAGUCCUGAAAAUGGUUCUGAAGUGGUCGACUUGCCUUUCAGUACUACUAGAAUUGCUCCAAAUGUUUCUAAAAUACCAGAAAAUUUUUCUUCUCCUUAUGAUCAACUGUCUGAUAAUUUAACAGAAAAUCUUUUCAAUGGGUUCAUUGCCCUUAUUUGCAUUUUAGGCCUGGUGGGAAAUGGAACAACAAUUUAUCUCCUGGCCUUUUCCAUUAAGAAGAAUCAUUUCACCACUUUCAUCCUGAAUCUCUCCAUUGCAGAUUUUGGGAUCAUCACAUCCCUCAUUACUGGACUUAUAUUUAGGUCAGUGAUUAUUCUGAAUCACCAAACAUACCUUAGCAAUGUCUUUUUCUUCUUACUUUUUGAGUUCUUUUUCUUCACUUAUUCUGCCAGUCAGUUUCUGCUGACGGCCAUCAGCCUGGACAGGUGUGUGGCGGUUCACUUCCCACUCUGGCAUCGCUGCCAUCGUCCUCCAUAUUUAUCCACUCUUGUUUGUAGCCUCAUCUGGAUCCUCUCCUUCCUGCUCUCUAUGGUGCAAUUCAUUGUCCACCACACCAGGGACUUUGGAGGUUCACCUUUGGUUUACCAGCUGAUUGUGAAUGGUUUACUUUGUACGCCUCUCAUGGUUGUGUCUUCUGUGACUCUCUGGAUUUAUAUAAGGUCUAAAAUGCAACGCAAUCAAAGGAAACUUCUUAUCACCAUCUUGCUGGCUCUUCUUUUCUUCCUCCUGUUUUCUCUCCCAAUGAAUGUCUUUUAUAGCAUUAAAUAUUUGGUUCCCUAUAAUCCCCUCCUCCUGACCAUUGGGGUAGGAUGUGCCACUCUCAACAGUAGCAUCAACCCUCUUCUUUAUUUCUUAGUGGGGAGGAAGAAGAAGGGAAAGGAUCAGCCCAGAGCAUCUUACAAGGUUGCUCUGCAAAGAGUCUUCAAGGAUGAGAAGGGAAGCACGGAAGAGCAGGAAACCACAAAUGAAAGCCAAUUAUAA